AUGGAGGAGGUGGUGGUACCGGAGGAACCCCCCAAACUUGUAAGUGCUUUGGCCACGUACGUGCAGCAGGAACGCUUGUGCACCAUGUUCCUGAGUAUUGCCAACAAAUUACUCCCCCUCAAGCCACAUGCUUGCCAUCUGAAGCGUAUCCGCCGUUCUUCGGCGACCCGAGUUGCCACUGCUCCCAUGGAUGGCUUUGCUGGGGGUGUUAUUUGCGAUAAACGUGACAGCUCCGUUGCCACUAGUACGAUCUCUGACGGCUGUGAGAGAAACAGUGCCGCUUUAGGUACCCCAGCGGCAGAAAAUAGCCACAUACUGGAGCUCCUUUUGAGCGUUGGCGGUCCCGUAGACAGCAGUGCGUUGAAAGAACUUGAGUCAGCAGCGGAUACUACUGUUGCCGUGCACAGGGUGUGGGUUCCGGAUAGGGCACCGCGCAGUUCCGCCGAGGAAUGGACCAAAUGGUGUCAGAUUUGGCCUUUCGCCACACCAAAGCCACGUGCACCGACACAGUUGUCGGAGUGCGAGAUGGGGAGCAUCCAGCGCAUUUUUCGUACGGUGGUUAUGCCGUUAGCAAAGCGGCUUCGCACGGACGAAACCCUUGGGAUUGCGGCGGUAUUAGUUGAUCCCUCUGAUGGUUACCGCGUGCUUGUUUCUAGUGGUGAGGAGCACGCACUUAAACGGGGGAAUAGUGCAGCGUGUCUUGGUUAUGUUUCCAAUUCCGGGUGCCGCAAAUCCAAUCGAGUGGUGCUGGAUCAUCCUGUAACAUUCGUGUUAAAGGAAGUCACUCGCAAGCAGUGUAAAGACCGAGAGGUUGAAGGCGACGCGUCGUACCUCGCCAAUGGUAUGGACAUGUUUGUUAGUCAUGAGCCUUGCGUAAUGUGCUCCAUGGCCCUUGUUCACAGCAGGGUGAGGCGUGUUUUCUACUGUUUCCCCAACCCUGUGCACGGUGGUUUGGGUUCCACUGUCUCAAUUCACGCUAUUCAAGAACUGAACCAUCACUUCCGAGUGUUUCGCUGUGACUCGCGUUGGCUGAGCGAUCCAGAGGGUGUGUCCAGUGAUCAUGACAAUCCGUACUGGGAGGACCUUACGGUGCCUUGA